AUGUUCAUCAUCACUGGCUGUGAAGAAAAUGCCAAUCAAAACAACCCGGUUAGAUACCCAGUUAGCCUGGCCAAUAUUCUGAAUUUAGAAAACAACAAAUACUGUAAGGUCGAACAACUGAAGCAGGAAAAGAAACACCUGCAGGAUCAAAAAGAGAACGAGAAUGAGAAGAUAGCCCAUGUUCAAGAAGCACUGAAAACAGAGAUAUUGGUUUCAACAGAAUGUGAUUUACAAUCUGCCCUGACCCACACACAACAGGUAACCAAUGAAAGAGAACUGGAACAUGAAAGUCUUACCAGCCGCCCGCAGGCUUCACAGCAACACGUUGCAGAGCUAGUGAUGAAACUGUCCGCAAUCACCACCAUGCAGAAUGAGACUGAAAAGAAGAACCUACAGCUCAUGAAAGACCUAAAUAAUGUGAAGCUUCAGCUCCAGGAAAAGACCAAAAGCUAUGAUGACCUGCAGGAAGUGAACAUUCAGUUACAGGAGAAGCUGGAAGUGCUCCAGACACAGAAGGUCAACAUGAAGAACAGAAUUCGCAAGUUUCAGCAAGCACUUGUGGAGCGGGCAGCGCUGAAAAGACAACUAAACAAUCUGAAAAGGCUGGUGAUCACAUUAAACUUGGAGAGAGACAACUUUGUGGAGGAUCUGAGGAAGGAGAAGUCCACCUGGAAGGAGAACGAACUGAGAGAGGAGAAAAAGCAAGGGGUGGGGCAGGAAAACCAGAGCCUGGAGCAGAAGAAGCAGCUGUGGAGACUCAAAAAGAAGGCUGAAGAUGGGGAUCAGCAUGCCAAGAAUUGGCACCAGAUCCUUGAGAGCCUUAAGUGUGCACAUGUGCAUAACACAGAGCUAAAAGAUCAGCUGGCCCAGAUGCAGGAUGCUUUCCACAGGGUGAGUGGUGAGAAGGAGGAGCUCACCAGCAUCCUGAACUCAAAGCAUCAGGUGAAGAAACAUAUGCAUGAGAAGCUAGAGCAGCAAGAGGAGAAGUUACGAGAAUGGAAAGUGAUGGCUGAGAUAAAAAGCCAAGUGGUUCAGAAUCUUCAGGAGCUACAUGACCAGUGCCUGGCCCACUUGCAGGAGCUCACAGCCACCUGUGAGCAGCACAUAGCUUCCAAUCAGCAGCUGGCCUCAGAGGAGGAGACCCUGCAGCAGCACUUGCUAAAGAAGACCCAGAUGCUGGAGCAGCUGAAGCAAGGGCAAACACAGACCAAGUUCAAGGACCAGAUGGUGCCUCAAAAGUUACAGAAUAUUCUGAAGUGCUUGGAAGCAACCAGAUUACAGAAGGAGCAACUGCAGGCCCAGCUGAGCUUCCUGCCUGUCCCUAAGGAAGGUGAAGGAGUGAGCAAUGAAGAAGAAAAGGGUGAGGAGUCAACUCUACCUGACAUGACUUUCCAAGAGGAUGUAGACAACCCACAAACCCGGAGGGAUUUUUACCUUAAAGCACCAUCAGUUGCUGAAUCAAAAAAGGUAAAAUUCAGCGAGCAGCUGCAGGAUCAGCAGGCUUGCUGCAGGUUCCUGGCCAACCUGACAGCCCUGUGCCAGACAAAGCUGGAGAAACAGCCUUUCUUCCCCAAGAGCUGGAAACAUGGCGUGUCUGGGGACAAGAAGCAGGACAGGCAGGUGCCCAAGAAGCAGUUGAAAAUCUGCUUCAUCCACAACCUGCCUGGAUGCAGCCAGCUGUCAGAACACCUCAGCGCCAUUGAAGAGUCCAUAGUUUUCUGUAAAGAACAGUUGGAAGUCCUGAAGGAGCUGUUUCAGGAGAAAGAUGAGUGUGUCAACCAGAUGUCCCAGGAGAAGAUGGAAAAGAAGGCAAAGCUGCAGAAGCUGCUGUUGCUUCUUGCAAAUGAAGUCACAGAGUGUCAGGGAAAGAUGCCAGAAGACACAGAAACCCCUGCUGCUGCCACUAUUUCAGGCCCCAUGGAGAUUGAAUUUAGGGGGGAGCAGAAAGGUUUAGAAGUGCAACUGAAGGACAAUGUAGAACCUGCCCAAGAAGGGGUCAGGGUGCCUUGCCUCCUAGAGGACUCCACCAAAGAACAUGUGCUGUGGAUGCCCGAUGUCCAGCACCACCAAGAACUUGCAUGCUUGGCCAAUGAACGCUCUGUCUCUUUCUUCUCCAGACUGAUGCAAAUGAUAAGUUUGAGAUAA